UUCCUCCCCCCUCCCUCCCUCUCUUCCUCCCUGACCGAAUCACGGUAAACAGCUCGUCCUCCACCAUGAAGCUCCGCAGUGAACCGCUUUUCUCCGGUGCAGCGGUGUAGCGAUGGUGUACGCCCAGUCGGUCGGUGUCCAUCCCUCCCUUUACUCUCCGUCCUUCAUGUAUCAGAUGUCAUUAAACUACUCUCAGAGAGAAAACUCCACUGUCCUGGCAACCUCAACCACAUCUACCCCUUGCAGCGGCGCCAGCGGGUCCUCCUGCCCGCCCAACGGCACCGGCGUCCCCUACGAGCUGACUUCAGGCGAGGCGGCCGUUUUGGGUUUGGUGUUCGGUGUCCUCUGGCUGGUUUCCAUCCUGGGAAAUGCGCUCGUCUGUUUGGUCAUCCACCGCAGCCGGCGGACUCAAUCCACCACGAACUACUUCGUGGUGUCUAUGGCGUGCGCCGACUUGCUCAUGAGUCUGGGCUGGGCGCCUUUCAUCCUUCUGCAGGUCGCGUCGGGACACUGGCCGCUGAGCGCCGGCGCCUGCAAGGCCGUGCGGUACCUGCAGCACCUCUGCCCCGGCGUGCAGGUCUACGUGCUGCUCUCCAUCUCCGUGGACCGGUUCUACACCAUCGUGUACCCGCUCAGCUUCAAGGUGUCCCGAGAGAAAGCGAAGAAGAUGAUCGUGGCGUCCUGGCUGUUCGACGCAGCCUUCGUGUCGCCCUGCGUCUUCUUCUACGGCUCCGUGUCUACUACUACUACUACUACUACGCCAAACAGCGGCGGCGGCGGCGAUCAUUGUGACUUUUUCCUUCCGGACAGCUGGGGCGGUAUCGCCUACGGCGCCGUUCACUUAGUGUUCGGCCUCUUCGUCCCGGUGGCGCUGAUCGUGUCCUUCUACCAGCGGGUCGUCCGGUACAUCUGGAGGAUCAGCGCCGAUGGGCACACGGUGCGCCGCACGAUGAACAUCGUCCCGAGGACUAAAGUCAAGACCAUCAAGAUGUUCCUCGUGCUCAAUUCGGUGUUCUUUCUCACGUGGACGCCGUUCUACGUGGCUCAGCUGUGGCACCCGCGGGAGUCCGAUGGGCUGCUGCUCUUCACCGCCAUCGCCUGGCUCAGCUUCAGCUCCACGGCCUCCAAACCGACGCUGUACUCCGUGUACAACGCAAACUUCAGACGGGGCAUGAGGGAGACCUUCUGCAUGUCGUCCAUGAAGUGCUACCGCAGCAACGCCUACACCAUCACGGCGAGCUCUCGGAUGGCCAAGAAGAACUACAUCGGCGUGGUGGAAAUCCCAGUGCGAGCGAAGACGGUCGCCAAGGACUCGGUGUACGAUAAGUUUGACCGAGAGGCGAAAGAAAAGAAGGUAGCCUGGACCAGUAACGCCAACCCUCCCAAUACUUUUGUCUAAGUGAGUUUGGACAGUUUUGGAAAACUGUGAACGUACAAAUAAAAUGUCAGUGUUGGCAGGUGAGCUAGCUGAGGACUGGUUGGGUGUUCCCACCGCCCGCAAAGUCAGUAUUCAUGUAGGGAUGCACCAAAUCCAGAUGUUUGGGGGUUUUCGGCUGAAUCCUGAACCCCCUGGUUGUGCUGACUCCUCCUCCCAUCCUCAGUCCAUGAACCCAGUAAACACAUGAAUGAAGUAAACAGGGACUGUCCUUCCUUUGCCGUAC